AAACCCUUUUCGCUCCGCUUAGCCCUAACCCCCUCUAGUGGUAUUUUAUUGAUAGGUUCUAUAGGAACUGGACGAUCCUAUUUGGUCAGAUACCUAGCGACAAACUCCUAUGUUCCUUUCAUUACAGUAUUUCUGAACAAGUUCCUGGAUAACACCCUGCUACCCUCGUCGGAUUGUAAUACUUUAAAGUACUCUUCGCUGUAG